UGAGGAAUGUCAAAUCUAUUGUACGAACCAAGCAAAGCAAAGCAAAGCAAAUUAAACUAAACUAAACUAAACUAAACAUAAUGGCCGGAGGCAGUCGUAACCAUAACGGCAAGGACACAACUCCUGUAGAUCAGACAAAUACUGAUCUUCAUUUCAUAUCAGAUAUUACUACAAAGCCCCACUCAUUUAAACAAAAUCCAAAUCGUAAACCACCUCCUCGAAGAUAUAAACCAGUUAAACAAUUGAUAAGUGAUGAAGUUAAGUUCUUACAGACAAAGAAUUUAGCGGUAGAUACUCCUACAUAUGUGUCGAUUGUAUCACCUCCUAGUUUAAGACCUCUGAAAAAUUAUUGUGAUAUCACCGGAUUAGAAGGUCCAUAUAAGAAUCCCGCUAAUAUGUUAAGGUUUCAUAAUGUUGAAAUAUAUCAAGAAGUUAUUAAGAAUAUGCCAAGUGGAGUGGAUCAAGAGUAUUUGGAAUUAAGAGGCGCUAAUGUUAUAUUGAAAUAGAUUGUAUAUA